AUGUCUAAUACUGAUACAAAUUCUGUUCAAGACACAGAUUUUGCAAUUAAGAAAACAAGGACGAAUCCAUCAGAAGUACCUCCGCAGCCAGAUGAAUCUUUUGAAAAUAUUAUUGAAGGUGCUAAUGAUUUAAUGAAUUUACCAAUCCAAAAUAUCAGAGAUGAACUAAAAAAGCGUAAUUUCCAUGCUGGUAUUGUUGAUAAGAUGGAUCAACGAUUUUUGGUGUCAAUGUUGCGAGAAGCUGUGGAAAUGGAUACAAAUUACAAUACAAAUUCAAGAUCUAAAUAUAGAAUACAUGGUGGAAAUUCUUCUGGGCCAAUUUUUUCAUCAGAUUCGAAUCCUUCAAAAGAUCCUAAUUCUUCUCCAGAAGAAGACCAGAAAAACGAUCAAGAUGCAAUUAUACAAGAGUUUGAUGAAGCAGAAUUCGCUAAAAAUGAUCCAGAUGAAAAACUUCCAAAAUCUAGUUUAAUUAAUGGAAACAAGAAAUCAUUGCCAUACUUACAACUCAGAUACGCAUCAAGACAGCCUGAAUCUCCAUGGGGACGCCUUGAUAAAUACGUUCCAAUUGACAUUCUUGAAAGUCUUCCUCUAGAAACUCAACAAAAGAUACAAACUGAUAUUCGCAACUCAGUGAAUUACGGAGAGAUCAUUGAAAAGUAUUUAGUUUGA